ACAGGCUUCUGGGUUUUGCUGAAACUCUUUCCUAGAUUCCAGUUUGUGUGAGGGCUAAUUUAAUUUGCAAUAAAGGUUGAUUCUUUCUAUGUAAAUGGUUUAUUUUAUGUAACUUUUUUUUACUAUUACCGCUACUGCCAUGCAUGUUGGCUGGUUCAAGUUUCAACAAUGCAUAGUUAUUUUUAGUAUUUUAUUGUACAAUGGAUCUGAAGCUUUUUUGUUAGCUCUGUAGAUCUCAAAAAUCCAUGGUAAUGAGGUCUUAUUCUCUGUAGGUUUGCUUUUUCCUGCAGAAUCCUUCUGCUUCUGGCGUUUUUGUUGUUGUUGUUGUUUUUGAGCCUGCAUUUCUGGUCACUCUUUUUGGAGGGUCUGAACUUUUAUUAGUACUUGAUUAGCCUUUGAUACAGUCAGUAAACAGCAAUGAAAUCAACAUGGCUGCAUGUGUUUAGCUUUUAACUUUGAGUUUGGCUGUUAUUAUCUUCUUGAUUGUUGUUUAGGCUUUUCAGCUUUGGGGAUUAGUUAUCUAUCUAUGGAUAAACUCCAAAUGCGUCCUUUGCUGCUGCAGUGAGAUAAAACUUCAGAAAUCUUGGGUUCUUAAUAGCUGGCUGCAACUGUUUACAUCUCUGUGGAGGCAUGAAUCUCGGACCUAAUAACGAGUGACUACUCCCCUGGAUCUGUUUUCUGGACUCUGUUUGGAAUACUGCAUUUACUACCAACUUAGAUUUGAGUAAGAUAAUUGGAUCUGGUCCAUGUUUGAUUUGUUCAGGAUUAACUUUGUUUUAAUGCAGUGGAGUGGGGGAAAUAUUCUUGAAUUUAGUUAAGUGAUCGUUGUUCUGUUGUGUGUGAGAGAGAGAUAGUGAGAGGGAGAGAACAUGAGAUCUAUAGAUGAUAAGGGGUGUUACAACCAUGGACCAGUUCAAGAGAUUUCGAGUAGCAGCGCUAUUAGUUUUGAGUUCCCAAAAGGAAAUGGAGCUAACCGCUGUAGUUCUCAUCAUCGAACAGCCUUAGGCAAGCCAACUCCAUCUAAAUGGGAUGAUGCACAAAAAUGGCUUGUGGCGUUGUCAAGAGGGGGAGAGAAAAACCAAUCCAAAUCCAAGCCACGCAACUCAAACGCUGAUGACAGGAGACUUAUAGCUCCUGUUCCACAAAAGGAGCAAGACUACCCUAGUGACGAAGAUGACGGGGAAGAAAAACAAAAUUUAUGCUUAGUUGCAGUGACAACUCAAUGUGAAGCAGAAACAAAGAAUGUAGACUGUGAUGAAUCAAUAUGGCGAAUCAAUAAGCCCAUGGAAAAUUCAUCUUCAGCUAUUAGAUCAAUAUGUGUGAGAGAUAUGGGCACUGAAAUGACACCUAUUACAAGCCAGGAGCCUUCAAGAACAGCUACACCUAUUAGAGCCACGACUCCUGUGAGGAGGAGCCCCAUAACUUCAGGAUCCUCAACCCCGGUUAGCUAUCAACACAGAGUGCAGGCUACUGAGGGGUAUCAAACUGGUCUAACAUCAACAGAAAAUAGAGGUGAGGCCAACUCUGCUGGCAGGGGGAGUGGUGCUUCCAGAUGGAGUGGAGAUGAACGUGAUCCUUGCAAAAUAACUGAGAACAAUAAUUCUGAUAAAGUUAGAAAGCUAAACAAUUUAGAGGCCCAGGCAGUGGCUUGGGAUGAGGCUGAACGUGCUAAGUACAUGGCAAGGUAUAAACGGGAAGAGGUGAAAAUACAAGCAUGGGAAAAUCAUCAAAAGAGGAAAGCAGAAAUGGAGAUGAAGAAAAUGGAGGUGAAGGCAGAGAGAUUGAAAGCUCGGGCGCAAGAGAAGUUGGCAAACAAACUUGCAACUACUAGGAGAAUAGCGGAGGAAAAGCGUGCAAAUGCAGAAGCCAAAUUGAACGAGAAAGCUGUGAGGACCUCUGAAAAUGCAGACUACAUUAGGAGAACUGGUCAUCUGCCCUAUUCAUUUUCUUUUAAGUUGCCUUCCCUUUGCUGGUAGCAACUUUGCAGCAGCCAAUAAUUGUUGUUCCAGAACUUUUUUUCUUCUCAUUUUUGUGAAUGUAUAUGAACCUGAAGAAUCAUGGUAAUAAACACUUUCAUGGGGUUUGCUUGCUUUGAAUA